AUGCAUUACGGUGGAUAUGACUUUGCCGUUGAUACCAACACCUACACUGUACGGACGAUCAGGUCAGAAUACCAGAACACUUUGGGACAACGAGAAAAACCGGCUUUCUCGGAUGUUCGACUGAUGAAUUAUGUUUACAACUGCUCCAGUUUCUGCACAAAUGUUCCGGUACCUGCGUGUCGCCAGCCUGGCUUCCAGAAUCCACGGAAUUGCUACCAAUGCAUAUGCCCACAAAUGUUUGCGGGGGCAACCUGUCAAAACCUGCCGACCGGAACAGCACCCAAUUGCAAUGGAAGGAUUCUUCAGGCUACGUCUACAUCUUACACAACACUAAAUGGUGUUGCUGGCAACCCGUACACAACAAGCUACAACUCGAUGUCGAUCCCCAACGACUGCUAUUGGCAUAUCCAAGCACCCGCUGGGCGACGGCUUCAGCUAAGGUUAAGCAAACCGCCCAGUAAUUGCAUGCAAGGUUGUCCAUGGCAAGGAAUCGAGAUCAAUCUUGGCGAGUUCGACCGCCACGGAAUCAUGUAA